GGCUGAGGGGAGGCCCGGAGCCUUUCUGRGGCCUGGGGGAUCCUCUUGCACUGGUGGGUGGAGAGAAGUGCCUGCAGCCAACCAGGGUCAGGCUGUGCUCACAAUUUCCUCCAGCGGCAUGUAAAGCUUCCACAAAGGAGUUGGGAGUUCAAAUGAGGCUGCUGCAGUCGGCCUGAGGAUGGACCCCAAGCCCUGAGCGGCACUGCCCAAGGCCAGACCUGCAGAGCAUGGCACCAAGGUGGCCGCCUGCCCCGCGGUGAGGGAAAGCAGGUUGUGAGCAGCCCUGGGGCACCCCGCUAGCCCCCGCCCCAUCCCCGUUGGAGCAGGCUGCAAGUCAGAGCCAACAGAGGCCAGUGAGCAGGGCUGCCGGGCCGCCAGCUCGGCCUGUGACUUGGGACCUCUCCUGGAGGCCAUGGACAAGCUGCCCCGCUGACGCCACAGUGCAGCAUGUGAGGAGCGGCCCCAGGAGCCACACAGGAGGGAAGAGGGUUUCAUAGAAUCCAUUCACAAAGAAUAACCACCACAUUGCAAGGACCAUGAGGCCACUGUGCAUCACGUGCUGGUGGCUGGGACUGCUGGCCACCCUGGGAGUUGCUGCAGGCCCCGAGGAUGGUUUCGAGGGCACAGAGGAGGGCUCACAGAGAGAGUUCAUUUACCUCAACAGGUACAAGCGGGCGGGUGAAUCCCAGGACAAGUGCACCUACACCUUCAUCGUUCCCCAGCAGCGGGUCACAGGUGCCAUCUGCGUCAACUCCAAGGAGCCAGAGGUGCUCCUGGAGAACCGYGUGCACAAGCAGGAGCUGGAGCUGCUCAACAGCGAGUUGCUCAAGCAGAAGCGGCAGAUUGAGACCCUGCAGCAGCUGGUGGAGGUAGACGGCGGCAUCGUGAGCGAGGUGAAGCUGCUGCGCAAGGAAAGCCGCAACAUGAACUCACGUGUCACGCAGCUCUACAUGCAGCUCCUGCAUGAGAUCAUCCGCAAGCGGGACAACGCACUGGAGCUCUCCCAGCUGGAGAACAGGAUCCUGAACCAGACGGCUGACAUGCUGCAGCUGGCCAGCAAGUAUAAGGACCUGGAGCACAAGUACCAGCACCUGGCCACACUGGCCCACAACCAGUCAGAGGUCAUUGCUCAGCUUGAGGAGCACUGCCAGAGGGUGCCCGCAGCCAGGCCUGUACCCCAGCCGCCMCCUGCCACCCCACCCCGGGUCUACCAGCCACCCACCUACAACCGUAUCAUCAACCAGAUCUCUACCAACGAGAUCCAGAGUGACCAGAACCUGAAGGUGCUGCCACCACCUCUGCCCACCAUGCCUGCCCUCACCAGCCUUCCAUCCUCCACUGACAAGCCAUCAGGCCCAUGGAGAGACUGCCUACAGGCCCUGGAGGAUGGCCAUGACACCAGCUCCAUCUACCUGGUAAAGCCUGAGAACACCAACCGCCUCAUGCAGGUGUGGUGUGACCAGAGACAUGACCCCGGGGGCUGGACUGUCAUCCAGAGGCGCCUGGACGGCUCCGUCAACUUCUUCAGGAACUGGGAGACAUAUAAGCAAGGGUUUGGGAACAUUGAUGGAGAGUACUGGCUGGGCCUGGAGAACAUUUACUGGCUGACAAACCAAGGCAACUACAAACUGCUGGUGACCAUGGAGGACUGGUCCGGCCGCAAGGUCUUUGCAGAAUAUGCCAGCUUCCGCCUGGAGCCAGAGAGCGAGUAUUAUAAGCUGCGGCUGGGGCGCUACCAUGGCAAUGCGGGAGACUCCUUCACCUGGCACAAUGGCAAGCAGUUCACCACCCUGGACAGAGAUCAUGACGUCUACACAGGAAACUGUGCCCACUACCAAAAGGGAGGCUGGUGGUAUAAUGCCUGUGCCCACUCCAACCUCAACGGGGUCUGGUACCGCGGGGGCCAUUACCGGAGCCGCUACCAGGAUGGAGUCUACUGGGCUGAGUUCCGAGGAGGCUCCUACUCACUCAAGAAAGUGGUGAUGAUGAUCCGGCCCAACCCCAACACCUUCCACUAAGCCGCUCCCCUCUGGAUCUCCCGUGGCCAUCGGCAGGAGCCUGCCCAGCAUGCAGCCCCAGCACAAUGAGCAACUACUCACCAGCUCAUCCUGGGCUGCAAGGACUGAGAGCUGGAUUCUGUUUUUUGAAGUCACUGUGUCAGAUAAUGAAACUGAACUGGUACUGUGUYCUCUGUUCCUCUUCUACUUUCCUUCAAAUCAGACAGCCCCUCAUGUUUCUAGGACAGGACUGCAGACAACUCUUUCUUUGAAUAAAUUAUCCCUACAAUAAAACACCAUUGCAAAAUACCUUCA